CGUCUAACCAACCAACCCCUCAUCCACUUCGCGCCUCCUGCCCGACGCCCGCUUUCCUUUGCUUCGCGUUGGCGCCAUCCAUGGCCGCGCAGGCGCGCCACCCCUCCCACGCCUUCUUCUUCCCCCACGACUUCCACGCCUUCAGGGCUAUGGAGGACGCAGCGGCGGCCGGCACGGCGUUCUUCGACGAGUACGGCUGGUGCGCGCCGGCGGCAGCGCUCGGCGACGCGACGGUGCCCAGCGACUUCCCGCGCGGCGAGCUGGCGUGCAACUACGGCUUCGGGCCGAGGAAGCGGCCGCGCGUGGCGGCGGCGGCGGGUUUCUUGGAGGAUCACUGCGCGGUCCUGCCCCCAGCGGUGGCGGCGCAGGAGCUUGUGCCGGUGACAGGGGGCAACGGGCAGGGAAGGGCGGUGGGCUCCGGCACGGCGUCCACAAGCGGGAGCGUGGCCAAUGGCGCCGGGGCCUCGCAGUCGCAGGGCCUCCUGUCGAGGCUGUACCACCACCAGGGCCUCGAGAUCGACGCGCUCGUAACGCUCGAGAGCGAGAGGAUGCGCGCGGGGCUGGAGGAGGUCCGGCGCAGGCACGCCCGGGCACUGCUGGCGGCCGUGGAGCGCACCGCGUCGGGGCGGCUGCGCGCGGCGGAGGCCGAGCUGGAGCGGGCGCUCCGCCGCAACGCGGAGGUCGAGGAGAAGGCCCGGCAGGCGGGAGCCGAGUGCCAGGCGUGGAUGGGCGUCGCCCAGAGCCACGAGGCCGUCGCCGCCGGCCUCCGCGGCACGCUGGAGCAGCUCCUCCAGUCCCCCCGCGCGGCGGCCUCCGUGGGCGAGGCCGAGGACGCGCGGUCGUGCUGCUUCGAGGCGCCGGCCGCGGGCGCGGCGCCGUCGUGCAGGUCCUGCGGCGGCGGCGGCGCGUGCGUGCUGCUGCUCCCGUGCCGGCACCUGUGCCUCUGCCUCUCGUGCGAGGCCGGGGUGGACGCGUGCCCCGUCUGCGGCGCCGCCAAGAACGCCUCGCUUCAUGUCCUGCUGUCCUGAAGCCACACAUGAUCGCUCGAUCAGACGGCAGUGACCAGAAUUGCAGUCUGGAAUUGGGGAAAGAGUGGCACAAGAGCGACAGCGAAUCAACUUACACCGAGAGACCGGAAUUGUUGUUGCGACACCGUCUUGACUCUUGAAGAUGCCUGAACCUGUGCAACAGAGUGAAUGGAGUCUGCAUCCAAGAGAAAUGGAAUCAUGCCUCAGACUACCUUCAGUUCAGUUACCGGAACCGGCGAAGAUGGUGUACAAGCAAGUGUGAUGGGACAAGUUGGCAAUGCUCGUUACGGAGAAGCGCAAUUGUUUGGAUCAUGAAUCUGGUAGCAGGGGUUGAUUCUCAGGGUGCUAUGUGAAGCCAGCUUUCGAUGCAGACAGUCCUGAACAUUGAUCAUCUCAGGCGUUUCGAACUUCAGAGAAGUGGUUUACAGUUUACUGGAGGCAUUCUUUCAGUAGAAGUUCGACAGCAAUUUCCGAGCCGUCAGAAUAAAUUGUUCCGGCGUCAUCAGUCUUCUGAAUACCAAUGGAUCUGGCCUCCAAAUUGUAUCGCAAAACUCUGCUUGCUAAAAUCUGCUACGGUUAGCGAGCGAACAUCGGUGUUCCGAGUAGUUCAGACGACUGCGGCGAUCAAGACGUUGCACACGAACUGCAACACAGAUACUUAACGGCGCAAGGGCCAAAACUGCUGCAGAAAUUGAGGCCGG